GUUGAUAUGUGAAACGCUAGCUCGUGUUAGCCAAAUUUCAAUGCAUCAUGGUGAAGUGAGGGUUCGCUCUGACAGCUGGCAGCGACAUGUGAGCCACGGCUCUGAAUUUUCCCUCAACAGACGAUAUUUUAGCUUUUAUGACCUUAACGCUACGUGUCGAUAUUUGUUUAUGGUGAGAGUGAGGGCAGGUAACGUUAGUGGGUGUUGCUAGCUAACCUAACGUUAACUUAAGCUAACGUUAGCUGCUCGAGCUGUGGGCUUGGUCUAACAAGAAAGUCGUUAAAAGGGUUGAGCUAAAGUUUGGACUUGGUUAUAGCAAAUGUCUAACAGCACAGAAAUGACUCUGCCACCCGAGUGGGACGACGAUGAACGGAUGAAUUUCAUGUUCUCGGACUUCAGUGAGAACCGAGAUGUCAACACGACAGACUGGGACAGUAAGAUGGACUUCUGGACGGCUCUGAUUUUAAAAGUCUGCAGGGACCGAGGCACCGUGUGUGUCAGUCUGCAGGAGCUGAAUAAAGCCUUUAGGAGGAAAGAAAAAUCACCGCUGGGUUUGGCGACUGUCAUCCAGUCCAUGGCCAGAUGUGGGAAGAUCCAGAGGGAGUCAGAGUUUGCAGCCAAUGUGGACUGUGGCUGGCUGUCCUGGGGUGUUGGCCUGCUGCUGGUUAAACCUCUGAAAUGGACCUUUUCCACUCUUCUGGGAAGCAGCCGGGUGCCUUUGGAGGAGUCCUUUGUUGUCAUUGAACUAGUGAAGGAGAAAGCAGCAGAAUUACUCAGGGUGUACCGGAGCAGUGAAUUUGCAAGCCGCUCCAUAAUGUCAUUUCAAGAACUCCUUACUCUUUCUUCUGAUGUCUGUGCUGAUGAGAGCACCCUGUGCAUGGCUCUCCUGCAGCUGCAGAGGGACAAGCAAGUAACGGUUUCAUUGCACGAGGGCGAGAAGAUUGUCAAGUUUUGUCAAGAUGGGCAAGAUCACGUUUCACCAGUCAGCGAUGUGGAUAUGGGCAUCUAUCAGCUGCAGCGCAGUGAGAAGCUGCUGGGAGAGCGGAUGGAGAAACUAAGUCUUGAGGCUGACAUGUGCAAAGAGGAAGCAAGGGUGUUGCUCCGGGAAGGCAAGAAAUCACAGGCUCUGAGGUGUUUAAGAGGCCGCAAAAGGGUCGAAAAGAGAGUAGACAGCUUGUUUGCCAAACUGGAGUCCAUCAGAGCAAUCCUGGACAGAAUAGCCCAGUCACAGACUGAUAAGAUGGUUGUGCAAGCAUAUCAGGCCGGAGUUUCAGCCCUGAGGCUCUCUCUGAAGGAUGUGACUGUGGAACGUGCUGAGAGCCUUGUGGAUCAAAUCCAGGAGUUAUGUGACACUCAAGAUGAGGUGAACCAAACUAUAUCCAGUGGUGUGACUGGCGCAGAUGAAGACAUCAAUGAGCUGGAGGAGGAACUGAAAUGUUUGUUGGACGAGUCAAAGCCAGAUUUCCCCUCAGGUUUACCUCAAGUUCCAACAAACCGUCUGCGCCCCUCCGAGGAGCCGAGCCGUCCAGGUACUGACCUGCUCAGUACUCUGCCUGCAGUACCUUACCGCCACUUGGAUAUUAGCACUGAGCAGCUGGAGGACGAGUUAAAUCAGUUAACCCUUACAGAUUCAGGCUUUCAACAGAAGAAAAUGACUUCGCCAGCCAAGAGAUUAGAGCCUGCACAAUAAUGGGAAAACAUGGCAAGUUUGAAGCUCUGCAUCAACAUAUCAAACUAUCUCUUCAACAUUUCUUUGAGCCAGAGUUCAUACAAGUAAAUUAAAGUACAGAACAACUAUAUUAGCAAUCGCUAAAUCAUAAUUGUAAAAGUUGUAAAAUCAAUAUCAGGAUAAAAACAAGGCACUUUCAUUAAUAAAAAAAAAAUAAAAAUGCCUUUUCCAUGGAGGCAUGCCAAAAAGGAUUUUAAAAUAUUUCUUUUUCUUUUGUAAAUUAUUUUGAUUUUUAACUUGAAAGCUUUUAGAUCUGCCCUGCCAUGAGGAUCUGAAGGAUCUCAAGUCAAAGUGAACAUUUUCACAGUUAAAUAUGCUCUUUGGUAUGCUGCCAGGAAAGCUCUUAAUUUUUUUGGUAUUUUUUGACAAGAGUGUAAACAAGUAUAUUUGUUGUUUGUAGUGUGUGUUAAUUGAUGAACAGUCCUGUAAAGUGUAUUAAGUGGCCUUUUCAACUGUAAAUGUGAAACUGAAAGUAAAGAGAAUAUUAUGCCAAAUGAUUUAAUCAAUAAGUAUAUUUAGUCUCACUGCAACAUACCUGUGAUGACUCAGAAGCCUACCCUAAGUGAGUUCAACCAAAUAUGUUUCUCAAAAUAAAAUUUAUUUUAAUCA